GAUGGCGGCUCGCAGCUUCAUUCCGGAUCUCCACUGGACUACAAACUGAUUCUAACCGCACCGGCUCGAGUCGGGGGAACUUCUAGCGAACCGUCUCUCGUCGGAGGCCGCGCCUGCUCACACCGCGUCGAGCCGGGGCCUGUCAGCGAGCGGCCCCGCGGCUUUUCGGGGGUAUUUUCGUCCAGCGCUCAAGGUGGUCACCCCGUCGAGCUAGCGGUAGCUCGGCGGCUACAAGCUAACGGAGGGGGGUCUUUUUGCGUGCUCGUCAACAUGCUGAAGACCCGGCAGUGUUUACAUGGCAUCCGCACUUUUCUCGGCGUAACGUCCAGAAUAUGGGGCUUCUUCAUGUACAUCCUCAGGAAGCAUUUACGAACGAUAAUCCAGUAUCAGACGGUGCGAUACGACACCCUGCCUCUGUCUCCAAUCUCCAGAAACAGACUCAACGCAGUAAAGAGGAAGAUUCUGGUUCUGGACUUGGACGAGACGCUGAUCCACUCUCACCACGACGGCGUCCUGAGGCCCACAGUGCGGCCGGGCACGCCGCCAGACUUCAUCUUAAAAGUCGUCAUCGACAAGCACCCAGUCAGAUUCUUCGUACAUAAAAGGCCACACGUCGACUUUUUUUUAGAAGUGGUGAGCCAGUGGUACGAGCUGGUGGUUUUCACGGCCAGCAUGGAGAUCUACGGCUCGGCGGUGGCCGACAAGCUGGACAACAACAGGAACAUCCUGAAACGCAGAUAUUACAGACAGCACUGUACGUUGGAUCUAGGUAGUUAUAUUAAAGAUCUGUCCGUAGUACACGAUGACCUGUCCAGUAUUGUUAUCCUGGACAACUCGCCUGGCGCUUACCGCAGCCAUCCAGACAAUGCAAUACCCAUCAAGUCCUGGUUCAGUGACCCCAGUGACACAGCACUUCUUAACUUGCUGCCUAUGCUGGACGCACUAAGGUUCACUGCUGAUGUCCGCUCCGUCCUCAGUCGAAACCUCCACCAGCACCGACUCUGGUGAUUGGCUGAAUUGAGAGCACCGGAGGCAGGGGGGGGGCUUGUUGACUGGCUUCCUCCUCCUCCUCCUCCUCCUCCUCCUCUUCCUCCUCUCUGCCGGCUUCCAUCCUGCCCUCCAUCCCCGGCGCAGGCGACCCACCAGCCCUCCUGGCGAGACGGGGAUUGGCGAGCGCCUAACACGGGAUGAACAGUAACGGGAUCGCCACAGCCCAGGAGCUGCUGGGGCGGCAGGAGGAGCUAGCUUCUCUCUAUCUAUCUAUCUCUCUCUCUCUCUUCCUUCUUGAUUCUUUAUUUGUAUUAUUAUUUUUUUUUUUUUUCCAAAACAAAACGGAGCCUCUCUGCCUUAUCGCUCCUGAUACUGACUGUGCGUAUGCAGGCGAGCUCGUGGACGUGAGUUCGGAGUAUGCUUGCUGAGUUCGUUAGUCCUUUUUAAAGUUUUUUGACGACUGGGAGGCUGGUACAGAGAAGGAUCCAGCGACGCAACACAGACCCACCAUCUCCCCUCCUCCAUCAUCACCAGACAUUGCACUUCAGCAGACAAGUCUUCAGCUCACCGUCUUAACCCCUCAGAGAAAAGAAACAAAACAAAACAAACCCUCCGCCCCAUUUUAGAUUUAAGCCCCAGGAAUUUAUUUUUUUUUUCUUCUUCUUCGACUCCUAAGGUACAGUUUUUCUCCCCCGGCAACGCAGGAUCCGUUGAAAUGAUGUAAGUGAUGGACUACUGCCUGCAACACAACAUCCACAAGCAUUUUCCUGGACAGCUGAGCCCCACCCCUCCACUCCCCCCACCCCUUUUUCUCCGGCCGUCUUCACUCUGAUGGGACUCAAUGAAACACGCUUGACUUAAAAGUUGUGAGGAAAA